AUGGUGCUGCGCGUGUGCAAGGAAAGCCCCGAUCCUCACCACUCUUGCUACUCACACUCGCCUCUGCCACUGGUCCUCUGUUCCUUCUUCCUCCCCCCCCUUUUUGCCCCUCUCCUCGCCUUUUCCCCUAAACCCUUCCGUCAGAAAGGCAUGGUGCUGCGGGUGUGCAAGGAACGGCCAGAUUCGCACCAUCCGGAAGCAGAGGUUGUGGCCGGGGAGUCCCUAUAUGGAGCUUCGGCAGGAGCCUCGGAAGCAGGCUCGGCAACAGGCUCGGCGGGAGGCUUGGUGCGGCCCGAGCCUGUGCUGCGUCCGGAGGAGCGGGAGCUGUGGGGAGAAGUGGUUCCGGAGCUGGCAGUGGCUCCGGAUCGGAUCGACCUGCUGCAUCAGUUCGUGUCAAGAGUCAUGGCGCCACUCAUUGGAGAAGAGUUCGUGGAGGCAGGGACCACGGUGAGGGUUCCUCGCAGCUUCCUCCAAGAGGUAGCAGACCACAUUAGGCCAAAACGCCCCCCCUGGAGGCAGGCUCAGGGCGACGUGGACCUUCAGAUAGAAGAGGCGCUGCUGGUGACUGAUCUGACUCACCUGCACCUGGAGGACGAGGAGUGGGACGAGGACUGGGAGGAGACGGUGCGGGAGUACGGGCACGGGACCCGCGGGUAUAAUGGCACGACGUUUUGCAUCGAGCUGAAGCCUAAGACCGGGUUCUGCCCCUCCUCCCCUUGCAUCGCGCCGGCCAAUCACGUGAAGACAACUGUCCCGCGCUUCCCCAUGCACCAGCAGCUGAAGCUGUCAGAGGGGGAGGUGGCAGAGAGCAGUGCAUACAACCCUCUAGACCUCUUCUCUUCCUCGCCCCCCCGCGUUCUGUCUGCUCUGAGAACAUUGAUCGAUAACCCGCAGAACAAUCUGAGGAUUUUUGCAGAUGGGAAGUUGCUGUUGGGGGGGCAUAUACACAGGCAGGCGGACAGGGGGAAGGGGAAAAAGAAGAAAGGGAAAGGGGAGAAGGGGGAGAAGGUGGGGGGGGAGGCGCAGGUUGAAAGAGUGAAUUCGGUGGAUUUAGCGGCUAUGAGAAGGGAGGAGAAAGCGCAGGAGGCAGCUUUUGAGGCGCCUCAAAAGUCGGUGGAUUUAGCGGCUAUGAGAAGGGAGGAGAAAGCGCAGGAGGCAGCAGGCUUGGCUGCUGCGGAAGCAGCCCUGGAAGGGUUUGUGCGUGCUUGGAAGGAGGCACCCACCAGUAAUACCAGUGCUGCUGGUAGCGGUGAUGGUGGUGAUUCUGCUGCUGCUGCUGCUGCUGAUGGCUUGCCAGCAGCAGAAUCACCAUCCUCCGUGCCUCAUGUGAGUCACCCUCGGGUGGACGCUCUCUUGUCUCUGGCCACAGAGUGCCUUGUGCAGUGUGGGGCGCUGGAGAAGCUUCUGGCAGCACAGAAGCUGGAUAAGUGGGACAUUGAAGGCACCAUUCAUGCUUAUAACGAGUACAUGAAGCAGAGGAAGUCAACGCCUUCAGCUCCUGCUGCUGCUGCUGGUCCUGGUACUGCUCCUGGUGCCGAGGUUCCAAAGGAGAUAAUGGAAGAUUGCAGGAAGGUUCUUCGCGAUUUCCUCAUCGCAGCGACGGCCAAGGACUGUGGGAUCAUGCUGGCCCUCCGAGCAGCCAUUCCUGGAGAGACCCUGGAAGCUUCACAGAAGCUUCGCAGUGUUGUGUGCCCAUCCAGCGGGUGCAAGUACUUUUACAGGCUUUCAAUAAUGGAUCUGGACAUCAAGCCGUUGCGCAAAAUGCCCAAGUAUUGGAGCAUGGACCAACAAAUCGUCAGGCACUACUGCUCAGUUACGCGAGACGUGGAGGCAUGA